AUGUCCCGCAUACCGGCUCAAUCAAUCCCCACAUUGGAAAUCCUGUCACACUUUCCGCAGUCGAAGAAGCGAUUUGGCGACGCGAAGAGCAAAGCUAUUCUUGAUCACGCCCCGCCUUUUUGUUCGAGGAAGGUUCCUCCGAUGGGCACGUACGGCGUCUCGUCCGCUCUCGAGGAUGCGGCGGAGACAUGUACCUUGAACGAGACCUACACCGAGGGCGAAGCCGAACCACUCCCUCGCGACGCUAACGCGGAGUCCGAGGACAUAGUGACCGGACCCGCACCUCAAGUCAGCAUAUCAGGCGACGACGCAGACCAAGACGCCUCCAGCUCCCCACCGGGCAGCCCACAAACCCUCCUCAACACCAAAAUGAACAGUAUGUUCAUUUCCUUCCACCCCGAUAACCACACCGACACAUUCGCUUCCACAUCAACAGACGCUCCCGCCGUAGUCGACCCAAUUAUAGCCUCCAUGCUCUCGUCCCGUCUCCCGCAGGACGACGUAGCAGCCUCCGACGAGGAGGAACGGCUGAAUCGCAUGCAUAUCAUGCUCAGAUGGUCGAAGCAGUAUAAGAGGAAGCAGGUGGAGGCUGCGAACACGCGCGCGGGCGGCGGGGGGAUCUUGGACCUGGGGGAGUUGGAUUUGCUGGGGAGUUCCGCGGAGCACGGUGGACAUGAUGAAACCGGCGGGACGUUACCCAUCCCCGACCCACCCGAUGCGUUCGACCCACUAUCCACAUCCCGACCACCGCUCCCACCCAAACUCCCCUUCCCCCUCGCCCGCCACAUCCGCUCCCGCACGCCCUCCACCUCCUCCCUCCUCUCCUCCGCCUCCUCAAACACGUCCAGCCCACACCUCCCGCGGCACCCGAACCACCGGCACCUCCAACACCGCGCGAUUUUGAAGAAAUCGCAGUUUGGCUACGGAAACACGGGGAGCAGUAAAGGCAGCCGCGUAUCGUUCGAUGAGCUACCGGUUGUGAUUGAUUUACGAGACGGGGAUUUUGACAAAUUGGAGCGGACGUCGGAACAUGCGCCGAGUUUUACGCUGGAUUUUGGGUCGGUUGCUGAACCUGAGGUGAUCGAGGAGGAUGAGGGGGAUGAUGUGGUCCUCGCGCUUGCGGAGCCGGAGGCCAGAUUGUCCGUUGUACCGGAUGGGGAAAGGACCAUCGAGACGGAGGAAGUGCAUCCGGUGGUGUCAUCAAUAGCAGACAUCGCCAAACGAGACGAAGCGACGGACGAAUCGCAGCAGCCGCUGGAAAAGCAGACCGUGGCCAAACACGCGCUCAAGAAGCCGCGGCGAACAUCACGACUGGGCGGGAUCGGGAUGGUGGUCGCCAAGAUGUUCAAGGGCGGGCGUGUGAGUGUGAGCGGCGCGGCAGCGGAAUAG